AUUCUAAUUUUUAGUUGAGAGUGAAACGAGCGAAAGAAAGAGAGGGCAAAAGAAAUUGAGGGAAGCUUUGAUACGAAAAUGGGAGAUGGAAAUAAUCACAGUAUGUGGGGCCAUCUACCGCUACUGGUGAGAGCUAGCUCCAAGGAAUCGGUGGAAUACAUUCUCCAAGCCCUCUGGCGCACCCGCCGCACUGGUCUCGACGCGGCCGACCGCCAAAUCUUCCGCGAUAUUCUUCAACUCCCCAACGACUCCGACCUCGACCCCCUAUUAGUGUGUCUACGAGUAUUGAUCCGGAGGUGUGUUUAUGAUAAUGUUAAUAAAGAUGAGAUUCAGAAAUUGUUCCCUGCCGAAGUUCUGCCUGAGCUGCAAAGGCUAUUGACACUUCUACUGCAAAAGUUCCAAAGGGAGUGGCGGCAGGAUAUUUCAAAAGAUCAGGUCAUCUUGCCCCGGUUGAAGUCAAUGACCUGGAACAUGGCAAAUCAAAGUGUGGAACAAACAGAGCCUGCUGCAGUGAUAAACUUGCAGCUUCACGGUGAUUCUCAGCCAAAUGUGGGUGAAAGGGAUGUUAAGUUCCAAUUGGCAAAAGACACCAUGGAAAUGAUGUUGAAGUCCAUGUAUAGUAUAAGAGGCCAGCUGUCUGAACCUGUGAGUGUUACUGUAAAUGAUUGCAAUUGCAUUUCUUUCUUGUUUAUAUUCAUGGCCAAUUUACUAUCCUUCAAUCCCUUCUUCUCAUGUCAGGACGAAACACCAGACAGACAAUUAGUUCAGGAUUAAUGUGGUCUAGGUUUAAGCUCUAAUAUCAAUCACUAGAAAGGUAAAUUUAGUUCUUCUAUCUGUUUCAGAUUAUCAGGAUUCCAGCAUAUCUAGUAUUGCCAAUUGGGCUCUUCCCUUCAUAUCAUAUCGGCUUCUAUAUAUCCUUUUUUUAUGUAGUUCCUCAUAAGUAAUUUUCAUACGCUCCCGGAAGUCAUGGAGUUGAUUUGAUUUAUGCACUGGAGACGACCUUCUAAUCGUUUAAACUCAAAUCUAAGUAUUACCGUUGUUUUUCUUUUUGCAAGUUUAUAUUGUUAGGUUGUUGCCUGUAUCAUUGAGUUACAUCGACAUGAAAAACAUCUAAAGUCUGAGCAAUGCAGGGUCUUUAAAAGUUGUUUGUUCA